UGAAACUUUAAGAAUUGUCUUCUGGAUUUUUUUUCCAAUCUCCACUGAACACAGAAGAACUUGAGAAAAUUUAUAGCUGCACUCUGUAACUUUCAUACCGGACCAACAUUUCCUGUAUUUGAUGUGGGUCUUAUAAUCUAAGAUACUGACACCAGAGAGGAAACCCCUUCCAGGUUUCUAUCCUGCAGGUCAAUCCCGCCUCUCUGCAGCAUCCCAGUGCUGAGGUGAGGGAGUAUGCCUGUGCCAGCAUUUCGCAGCUGCUGCAGCAGGAGCAGGUCAUCCCCGCCUUCGUGCAGCGGGACGUGGUGCGCUGCCUGGGGCCGCUGCUCAUGGACCCCAGCCUGGCUGUGCGCGAAACGGCUGCAGGCGCUCUCAGAAAUCUGAGUGCUUGUGGAGGAUUUGAUGUCUGUGAUGACAUGGUGACAGAUGACAUCAUGACACCCCUGGUUGCACUUCUGAAAGAGUGCAGCACUGGACUGGAUGCUAACCAGCUCUCUCCAAAGAAAUGCAGAGGGUCGAACAAAAAUUAUAUUGAAGACAUAGCCAAUGAGGCUAUUAAUUUGCUGUGGAAUAUAUGUGAAUGCAACAAUACUGCCCUAUACAUAUUCAAUAAAGAAGGAUGUCUGGAGGCUGUCUUACAUUACAUGAAGAAAUUUGCCACGAAUGUGGAUCUGGCUAUUUCAGUAGCAAACUGCUUGCAGGCAGUGACAGAAGAUAAUCCAGAUCUUCUUUCUUCAUUUACUGCUUCUGCACAGCAAAUACUGGAAGCAGUGAUGUUGAGUCCAGAGAGCACCAUGAAGCACAUCCUUCUGAGAACACUGAUAGCAGGCACUAUCUGGAAUAUAAAGGAUACCAUUCCACCAGGCAGCCUGGGAAGCACAGUUAAUGCAAUCCUGAAGAUAUUUUCAGAAUCAUUGGCAAUAGAUGCUGGUGAAACAAUUAUUCGCAUGAAUGAAGCUGAGAAAAACAGGUUAAAACUUGCUGUGGAACCAGAAACUGAAGAAAACAUGAGUGAUACUAUAGAAAACUGUGUUUUGAGUGAAGAUGAUAACAUGGAAGAAGUACCAAAAGGAAAACUCAGAAGAGAAAAUGAUGUUUCAGAUUUACUUCCAUCUGAUAAGUGGGAACUGAAAGAAGUGACAGCUUUACUGACGGCUCAGCAGACUGCUCUGGAGAUCAUUGUUAAUAUGUGCUGCAGUGAAGAUCCCUCUGAUGAUGAGUGGGAAGAACUCUCCAGCAGUGAUGAGAGUGACUUGUUCAUGGAAAGCUCAUACAAUGAGGGGAGUGGGCUGCUGCUGUCACCCCUGUGCCUCUCUGCUGAAGUGAACUCAGCAUUUCUGAACAACCUCAUUCCAAAGAAGAUUCUUGAAAAAACUGCUUUUCCGAACAGUGUUGCUGUAGACAUCUGUAUGCACAAUCCAUCUUGGAAACCAUUAAUUAAAAAACUGAAUGCAGUGCAGUGUAGAGCUUUAACAUGUCUUCAGAGCAUUUUGUUGGUGUCAGAUGUGGAUUGUCUUGGGGGAGCUUCAGCGCUUCAGUCCCUUGCACAGCAUCUCUCACAGCUGAUCUUUUCUAAAACGGAACUCCCUACAGACACUGAAUUCCUGGAAGCUGUAACCAGUGCUUUGAGGGCUCUCCUACAAACAAUGGCAUCAAAGAACAUCUCCCAGUGCAUGACUCCUGAGCAGCUGUUGGCUUUGUGUGAGGCUGGUAUUCAAAGCAGCAAUGCCAGUGUUAGAGUGAACGUGGUGAGCAUCCUUGGAAUUUCUGGCAGUGUCCUGGCAAAAGGACAAGAUACAGCUGAAACACUGAAGAUGAUUGGAAAAUUUCUUCUUGAGGUUGCUAUGAAGGAAUCUUCUCUUGUGGUAGCAGGGGAAGCCUUGGAUGCACUUUUUGAUGUAUUUGCAGAUGGUGAAGAAGCAGAAAAGGCAGCGUUACAGAUCAAGUUGCUUUCAACACUGAAGGAAUUUCAACCAGUGUUCAGAAUGAGGAUACGAAAAGAAGGCAAAGGACAAUAUAGUACUGAUCAGCUGUGUGUUCUUGACAAUGUGAAGAUGAAUUUGAGAAGAUUCAUUGCAUAUCAGGAGACACUAGGGAAAACCCCAACUUGAAACAUCGAGGAACUUUUAAGGUUUUCCUUAUUGAGUAAUGUUUUCAAAAAAUAUAACUGUUUUGAACUUCCAAACUUUACUGAGCAGAGCAGUUUUGCUUUGAUGUUAAUGCUACAUUUUAUAACAUUCAGUAUUUUUAUACUUUUGGGUUGAUGCAAUAUGAAAGACAUAUCAGCAUAAAAGACCCUGUAGCAUACCCUGAGGUUGUUGGAGUGGUAAGAAGAUGCUCUUCAGGUCCUGAGGUCUGUACAUAGCACCACUGUCAUUGCCUGGAUAUCUUCAUUUACCCUGGCAGAAAACAACUCUUGUGUGAAAAAGUAAUUCUGAAAAUAUUCUCAGUCAUGUGACAGAUUGGAAAAAAACCAAAAAGUAAAAGCUCAUUGUUUCAGGCAAUGGAGCAGUGGGAGAAUGUUCAUAUUUGCAAUUUGCUCUUACCUGUUCCUAGAAUUGCACAGGCACUUAUGGCAGACUUCCCAAAAGAAGUCUGUGACGAAUGUGUAGAUCCCAGUCAGCAUUUGGAUCUGUUAUUUCAUGAGGUUGAUCAGGAGAAAAUUUUCAGAUUCAUUUAUGAUAAAUUCAUUAUGACAGCUUUUUGCUGUGAAAAUCAGUGUAAGCAGAUCAUACACUUAGACACAGCACCUUGUCUUUAUUUUGAUUGGUACUUCUGAAAAUUAAGUCUCCUAUUUCACGGUCUUCCUUUUAAUUCUACAUCAGCAUAGGUUUGAAUUCUGGGAAGUGGUAAACCUAACAAAGUAUUUUUUAUAUUGAAGUAUUACCUGAAGUAAAUUUAUAUUUGCUUAAAAUACCUUUUGUAAAUAUUUGUGAUAGAGAUUUUUAGCUGUAAAAUACAGAAAAUAUUUUUUAAAAAUAUCAUCGCUUCAUGCAAAUUGUAUGAUAUUUUCUGUAUAUCAAAAGCUUUGAUUUUGUUUCUGUGAAUGAGGUGUCCUCAUACACAUUUUUCAAGAAAAAAAUCCACAAUUAAACACAAAAGCAUUUUGUUUUGCUGGGUUUUGAAAUGGGAGGUUUUUUGCUCCUCUCUCGAUGUGCUGCCUUAGCUCAGGCAUCCAGUUUUUGGCAAAUUUUUUCCCAUGUUAAAAGCAUGGAACUUAAUAAGAUCAAAUUUGCUUGGUUUGUUAGAUUUCAGUCUCUAAGAUUGGAAAAUAAACUUGAGAACUGACUGGUAACUUGCAAAUGCCUGAGUUUCUGAAACCCUGACAAGGUAUUUCAUUGGUUGCAAGAGGAAGGAAAGAUGAGUUUAAGCAGCUGUACUGCCUGACGUGCUGUUACUUGACAGGAGUCAGAUGAAAUUUGUGAUGUGAUGCCUGCCACUCAAAGGAGUGAGAGGUGGCAUUGGGAGGGCUCAAGGGCCAAUGGGGCUGGACUAGAGAAAAGCAGAAGUCAAGAGCAUGGGGCAGUUGAAAGGUUAUCCAGGCAAGGCAGGCAGUGAAGAGGUCUGCAGUGUAACAGCUGAGGAAAGGUGGAUUAUGGUAUAAUGCCCUGCAGUGUGUGGAUUUUAAUCCUGGUGUUAGUUAUUCUUGCUGUACACUGAGGAUAGUGUCCUGUUAGUCUGAUGAAAAGUAUUGGUAUUUGUUUGGGGCACUUAAAGGACUUCCAUGUGAAAAGUUCUGCUCUCAUUUUUUGGGUACUACAUUAAAUUGCAAAGUUCUAGAUUGGAAGGGAUCUCUGGAGGUCUCUUAGUCUAGUCCUCUGAUCAGAGCAGGGCUGACUUGGGAGAUGGGUUGUGCUAUGCCUUGAGCACUUCCCAGAAUGGAAAUUCUACAACACUGGACAGCCUUUUCCAGGGCUUGACUUGUCUCACUAGACACAUUUUUUCCCUUUUCCCCUUGUGCCUUGUAGGACUUUCCCCUGCUGCAAAAUGUGCCUCUUGUCCUUUGACUGCACACAACCAAGAAGAGCCUGGCUCCAUCUCCUAACCCCCACUUGGCAGCUGAAAACAGCAAUUGUAUUUCCCUCUUCUCCAAGCCAAAUAAACCCUGCUCUCCCAGCUGUUCCUUGUGCACCCUCUCACCCUCCAGCCAUCCUAGUGGCCUUCUGCUUGACCUGCUCUGCUGUGUCUUGUCCUGAGGCCCAAAACUGGACACACUACUCCAGAUGUGAUCUCCUAGGUGCUCAAUAGAGGCAAGUGAUUGGUUUUCUUGUCCUGCUGGCCGUGCUUCUGCCAGCACAGCCUGUUAAUUGUUAGCUGUUGUCACUGCAAGGGUGCCCUGCUGGCUUCAGCUUACUGUCCACCAGGACCCUUUGGUCCUUCUGUCCAAAGCUGUCCUUUGGUCAUUCAGUAAAGAGCACUGUCCCAAAUGUAGGAAUUUGCAUUUUACAAGUGUAGCAGCCAGAAUCUGUUUCCUGGGGACCAUUAGAAAACCAAAGUAUGUUAUUUUUUGUUUUGGGUUUUUCUUUUAGGUUGAUGAUGACAAAAAACAUUUCAUCUGCAAAUACAAAUCUGGAAGUUGCAGAUAAAUGUGCAGAAGAUAAGGCAUCCACUAGAAACAUGGUUUUCUUAAUAUAAUCAGUUAGACCCUUUAUUUUUUCCUUCAAGUGAAAAAACAGACUGACAUUUAGAUCUUAAACUAUUCUGGCAAUAGGGAGGCACAGAUUAUUUUUUUGCUAUGCACUGAGUAGCUGAAUGUCUUGAAAAAUAUUUUCACAAUUACAUUUGUGCCUAGUACAAACCAUAUCACUUAAAGAGGAAUAUUAAUGCAUCUAUGGAAGACAAAGCAAGUUAUGAGUGAUUUAAAGAAGCAUCAAAUCAGGGACUAAAACCAGAUGAGAUACACUGGCACAAAAGAGCUAAGCUACAAGAUUGGGGCUACAAAAGUUGUUCUGACACAACUAAGGAAAAUCAAGGCAGCAGCAGAAGUAAUGAUAAUAUGCAAAUUAAAUGUUUUGGGGGCUCUUUGAACACUGGUUUAUUUAAUAGGUCUAGGGUAAGCUUCAGACAAAGACAAGAUCCUUUACAGCCUACAGAGGGGAAGAUGGGUCUUGAUGGCAGAAAUUGGAUGGAUGUAGACAGUGUAGCAUAAGUAAAUAGAUACUAAAUAUAUGUAAGUGAUCUUCUUCAGUUAAUCUAAUCACACAGAUAAGACUGGUAUCAAAACAGGUAUCUGAAUUGGGUUGCUUAUUCUGGUCCCUAAGGCAUCAUCUGUCUGCUUCAGUUAAAAACCACACUCCUUGGAAAGUAUGGAUUGCUGCUUUGCUUGUGGCCCUGCCUGAUGCUGAGCACAGCAGACUGGCUCUGAGCUGAAAUACCAAAAUAGGUGCUGAGCUUACCUUGCUCUGGGAUCAAGUAGAGGGUGAAGGAGGCUAACUCCCAGCUGUAGAAAUUAAGAAUUAUCACUUGUGUAGUUUUAUUCUUGCUUUGUAUGAAAAGAAACAAGUGACAAGAUUUAAAUGUGUAUUUGUUGUUUAUACAUCAUGCCUUGACAUUCAGAAACAGAAGAUGGCUGUAUACCACAGCCAAGUCAAUAGUUUAACUUUUUGGGGGUUGUGGUGUGUGUUGAAGGUAAUUUUUUGCACAGUAUGGAGUCUUUGUUUUAAGAUUGUCUUCCUAGAGAAACAGGAAUAACUUCAACCAGUAGUACUUGGCUUGGUUUGAUGUUUGCAUUUUGAGAGACAAAUAAAAAAAAAAAAACGAGAGCACAGUAAAAUUACAAAAUGAGAACUGUGUUGGAGAACUAAUGAGUUUAAAAUUAGUUUGCAGUUUAAAUAUUAUAAAUUAAAUUAAUAUCUUGUGGAAUAUUAACAUAAAACAACCAACCAAAAAUGUCCAUAAACUCAAGUUCUGUUUCCUUAGUGAGGGAUUUUCAAUAAAAACAUUCCUGAGGAUUGGAUGGAAACAUCUAGCCUUACAUUUACUGUUGCAAAUUCCAUUUCAGGCAAUGGUAGUGGUAAUUGAAAAUAAUGUAAUUGUUCCUUUCUGGCACAAGUGACUGGAGCAAACAAUCUAUAUAUUGUUUGUUCUGGACAAGCUGUUAAGAUAUAUAACUUUAGGAUAAUUGGCAAAAUCUGAGAUCUCUGACAGACAACAAAUGAAGGAACUUGAAGUUUUUCCACCAGGGCUGACACAUGGUGAGCCUUUCUAUUUGAAGAAGCUUUUAUUUGAGUGGUGGGGUUUUUUCAGUCUAAUUUUCAGAUCAUUUAAAACUGUUAUUUUUUUGUACCUUCUGGGAAAAAAUUGAAGCCAUUGAAGUAAAUUCACUUAAAUUUCA